UCUCUCCGGAAGAGGAGCGGGAGAGACCGCAGCGACAUGGCGCCUCCGGCUACCGGCGGCUCCGGGGAGGUGGACGAGCUGUUCGACGUGAAGAACGCCUUCUACAUCGGCAGCUACCAGCAGUGUAUCAACGAGGCGCAGCGGGUGAAGCUGUCAAGCCCAGAGAGAGAGGUGGAAAGGGACGUCUUCCUGUACAGAGCAUACCUCGCACAGAGGAAGUACGGCGUGGUCCUGGAUGAGAUCAAGCCCUCCUCAGCCCCCGAGCUCCAGGCCGUGCGCACGUUUGCCGAGUACCUUGCCAACGAGAGCCGGAGGGAUGCAGUUGUGGCUGGACUGGACCGGGAGAUGAGCAGGAGCGUGGAUGUCACCAACACCACCUUCUUGCUCAUGGCUUCCUCCGUCUACCUCCAUGACCAGAACCCAGAUGCAGCCCUGCGCACCCUGCACCAGGGGGACAGCCUGGAGUGCAUGGCCAUGACGGUGCAGAUCCUGCUGAAGCUAGACCGCCUGGACCUUGCCCGGAAGGAACUGAAGAGAAUGCAGGACCAGGACGAGGACGCCACCCUCACCCAGCUGGCCACUGCCUGGGUCAACCUGGCUGUGGGUGGCGAAAAGCUGCAGGAUGCCUACUACAUCUUCCAAGAGCUGGCCGACAAGUGUUCAUCCACCCUGCUGCUGCUCAAUGGGCAGGCAGCCUGUCACAUGGCCCAGGGCCGCUGGGAGGCUGCUGAGGGCGUGCUGCAAGAGGCGCUGGACAAGGACAGCGGCCACCCAGAGACGCUGAUCAAUCUCAUUGUCCUGUCCCAGCACCUGGGCAAGCCCCCCGAGGUGACAAACCGCUACCUGUCACAGCUUAAGGACGCUCACAAGUCCCACCCCUUCAUCAAGGAGUACCAGGCCAAGGAGAAUGACUUUGACCGGCUGGUGCUGCAGUAUGCUCCCAGUGCCUGAGGCAGGAUGGCAAGGCUAGCCUGGCACCCUCCCCACUCCUCCCUUCAGGCUGGAAGCCUGGUCCUAGCACCCCCCAUCUGCCAAUAAAUGUCUCAGCUCCAGGCUAUUUCUACCUGA